GGAGGAGGAGGAGGAGGAGGAUGGUGACGGCGGGAGGAUGGAGUCAGGUGAGGGGCGGCGGGGCCGGGGCCGCGGGGUGAGAGGAGCGGCGGGGCCGGGGUGAGCCCCGCGGAGCGGGCCCGGCGAGAUCGCCGAGGUAAACCCCGCCGGCCUCGGCGCGAGGGCCGCGCCUCAGGGCUCGGGGCGGGACCUCGGGGCCUUCUGGCCGGGACGGGGGGCCGGGCACCGCGCCGCGGCGUUGGCUCCGGGAAGCGCGGUCCGCGAGGGCGCGCCGGGCGGUUCCGGGAGCCGCCGUACAGCCGUGCGGACGGAGCGCAGCGGGGCGGCUGUGUGACAGCUGCGGGCGGGCGCUGCGCCGCUCUCACACGGCGCCGGCGGUGGUCGCUCGCCCCGUGUUACUCGUUCUUCCUACUUGAAGAGCGACGUAGGGUCGCGUUUGCUUUGGCUUUAUGCUUGCGUUUUAUCCAGGUAUGAAAACCAGAUCACUAUUCUGUCCGACUACUUAGAAGAAUUUCCCGACACCGAUGAGCCGGUGUGGAUUCUGGGAAGGCAGCACCACUUGAACGAAGACAAAUCCAAGUUACUGCUGGAUGUCAGUGCUCGUCUCUGGUUUACAUACAGAAGAAAGUUUUCGCCUAUUGGAGGCACUGGUCCUUCGUCUGACGCUGGCUGGGGAUGCAUGCUGCGAUGCGGGCAGAUGAUGCUGGCACAGGCACUGAUCUGCAGGCAUUUAGGAAGAGAUUGGCAAUGGGAAAAACACAAAAAACAACCAGAAGAAUAUCACAGAAUCCUCCACUGCUUUCUAGACAGGAAGGAUUGCUGUUAUUCCAUCCACCAGAUGGCACAGAUGGGUGUUGGAGAGGGGAAAUCGAUUGGAGAAUGGUUUGGACCAAAUACAGUUGCUCAAGUAUUAAAGAAGCUCGCUUUAUUUGAUGAAUGGAAUUCACUGGCUGUUUAUGUAUCUAUGGACAAUACAGUGGUCAUUGAAGACAUCAAGAAGAUGUGCCGGUCCCCUCCCCAGAGCAGCAGCACAGCCCACAGCAGUGCACAUUUGCACAGAAGUGCUCUUGGCCGAAACAGGAACGCAGCAGGACUCUGCACAGGCUGGAAGCCCCUCUUGCUUAUUAUACCUCUACGACUAGGGAUAAAUCACAUAAAUCCAGUAUAUAUUGAUGCAUUUAAAGAAUGCUUUAAGAUGCCACAGUCUUUGGGAGCAUUAGGAGGGAAACCAAAUAAUGCUUAUUAUUUCAUAGGAUUUUUAGGCAAUGAGCUGAUCUAUUUGGACCCUCACACCACCCAAAGCUUUGUAGAUUCAGAAGAAAAUGGCACAGUUGAUGACCAGAGCUUCCACUGCCAGCAAGCCCCCCACAGAAUGAAGAUCAUGAAUUUGGACCCUUCGGUAGCUUUAGGCUUCUUUUGCAAAGAAGAAUGUGAUUUUGAUAACUGGUGCAGUCUCGUACAAAAGGAGAUUCUGAAGCAACAGAGCCUACGGAUGUUUGAGCUGGUCCAGAAGCACCCACCCCACUGGCCUCCGUUCAUACCUCCAACGAAGCCAGAAGUGACAACUACAGGAGCAGAACUCAUUGAAUCUACUGACAAGCUGUUUGAAUUGGAAGAAGAAUUUGAAAUCCUGAGCGUAUGAAGGAAACUGCGGUGACUCUUCUGAGUACUGAACACAUUGGUAAUAUCAUUGCAUUGACUUACAGCCAUGUUAGCCCCAAAGUGCCUGAAAUUAUGGAAAACAGAGCACGGAAUCCAAGUAGCAUCCGAAACUCCAACGACAGUUUAACAAGAGCUUCCCCAGAUGGAAAGGCAAUACAAGCUCUUGUAGUGAGAUGCUUAACGGGAAUCUCUUUUUAAUGUAUCUUACCUGAAGACAAAUGGACCUUCAAGAUUAAGGCAAAAAUAAGCGUAUCGCUGGGCUCCAUGUUUGGAGAAAGGGAUAACCCAAACGGAUAUUUCUUGCUCUCGUAUAAUAAUGCAAUAGUUUAGUUCUUAAAGCAAAACAGUCUUCAAUUAAGGAGGAUGUUUACUUCUGUUCCCUCCUGUGGGCUGCAUCAUAGGAAAAAAAAUACGUUGUCUUGUUUAAAAGAUGGACUGGAUCAUGAGAAAAUCGUUUCCUUGUUAAAUAUUUUAACAUGUAUCUGAGCAACCACACUUUAUUACAAAAAUGUUUCUGUAAAAGGAACUGUGUCUAAUGUAUACAUUUUGCAAUAGCCUUCCUGCUUCUGGGAGACCUCGAGAGGAAUGGGAGACUCAAAUAGUUGAUACAGAUCACAACCACUGUUAUAGUUAUGGUAUAUUUCACCCUGACCUUAACAUCGAAAUCAUUAAAACGUAGGUUAUUUCUUUCAGAGCUAAAAAGAGUCAAAGGUGGUUUAACUGUACCUUAUUUAUUUUAAAAUAGAUUUACACAAACUUCUGUUACAGCACUUUAUCUGUGCAUCUAAUAAAUUUCUUAAGCUUUUCA